GGGAGCACACAGAUCACAGAUAAGCAUCAGUGAGAAAUUGAGAGGCUUGAUGGUAAUCUUUUUCGAGGAAGUGAGGCUAUACAAUCACAAAGGAAACCACAGGAGAGAGAGGCUGACCUUGUCGGCCUGCACUGCAGCUGCCGAGCUUUCGGGUUACGUUAAAACUGCUCUCAUCAAAAAACAGGGCCAAAAAGUUAUAUUUGAAGUUAGAUUUACUGUGUCUGAUUUUCAUUUCACAUAGGCAACAGUUGGCAUACUUUGCGUCUUUCUAAUAAGAGAGGGAACAGCUAUGAGUAUGCUUCGAUAAUGGAACCCUUUAUGAGAAAAAACAUGACUAAACAGGAACAUGGUCGCUAUAGCAAUGUGGAUGAAGAUGAGUAUCAUGUCCCAGACAACCAUGUGGAAGUGUUCCCUGUGCAAAUCCACCCUGCCAGAUCACAUCAGUGCGACAGAGAAUACGCAGACAGGGACCUUUCCAGAUCAUCCUCGACUCAAAGCAUCCACUCUGGAUCAAGUGGAAGCCCUGUCAUACCUCCAAGAUUUCAGAGAGGAGGACUCCCUUGUACUCCAAGACAUACUGGACCUCCUGUCAACCGUCAGCUGAAGCCAGGAAAACAAAUCAGGACCCAGUUAGAUGAGAGAAUGCAAGCCAAGGAGUCAACAGAACAGAACAUGCAACCCACACCAAGUUUCAGGUCGCUAAAACCCUUAGCCAAUGACCUUGUAAAAAAGUCUGGCCUGGACCUCGAGAGGCCCUGCAGGAGAGACAGACAAAGAAGAACACAAAAUGUGGAAUGCAAUAUCCCACUUGAAGGUCAGUGUUUGGUGAGACUGCCACUUAACCAUAACCAAAGAUAUUCUCUUGACCUUGAGUCUCAACUGCCCACAGACAUAAGGUUGCAGGAAAAAGACAAUUCCACAGCACAGUCUUCAGUGAAGCGCCAACAACACCAUGAGUGGCCUCAGACCAAAGAUGACCAGGACCACAUUGAUUUUGUCCCCAAGGAAAGACCUUGUCAGAUGUAUAAUGACGAAGACUGGUACAUAGGACCUUGCGAUCGAGUAGAUGCUGAACAUGCCUUACACCUAGUGAACAAGGAUGGUGCUUUUUUGGUGCGGGACUGCUCAAGGAACAUUAACAGCGAGCCUUUUGUCUUAGUGGUGUUUCAUGACAAGAGAGUUUUCAAUGUUAAAAUCCGGUUCAUUCCAAGCAAGUCCAAAUAUGCCCUUGGGACUGGUCAACGUGCAAAUGACAUGUUUGAUUCAGUAGCAGAUAUUGUCAAAUUCCACUCGAUUUUCCCUGUAGUCCUGAUAGAUGGAAGGAACCAGUCAGCCAACCGAUACCAGGGGAACUGUGUGUUGACAUACCCAAUCACAAAAGAGGAUGUAAACCAGUUGUUGGCAUGAAAAGCCUACCCUGCUCCGGCUGGCAAUAAUAUAUAUUUUUAUUUUAUUUGAUCUGUUGUUAGUUAAAAUAAAAUGUUUUUGAUGGAC